AUGUUGGUAGACUUGAUAAAGGAAUAUUUACAAGAAAGGGAAGAAAUAGUACGAGAACUCAGAGAAUCAAUAAAGAAGAGUUCACAAGAACUCAGAGAAUCAUUAGAGAAGGGUUUACAAGAAAGGGAAGAAAUAGUACGAAAUUUCGGAAAAUCAUUAAAGGAAGAUUUACAAGAAUUUAGAGAAAACUUGGAGUCAGGUAAGGAAACUAUAGUACAAGAAAUCAGAACUUCGUACACAAAGACGGAAUGUGAUCUGAAGAAGGAAAUGCAGGAGUUACCAGAACAACUGAAGAUGAACAUCGACGAGAGAGAAAAUAAAUUACAGACAAAUAUAGACCAGGUCCAGGGAGACAUGGAGAAGACGGAAGGAAAGUUAACAGAGAAGAUAGAAGAAGAUGUGGAAGAAAAUAGAACCGAAUUGGGAGAAAAGAUCACCGAAGUGACGCAGAUGCAGAAACAAUGCAACGAUGUGGUUGAGGGGAUAGGAGAAAAGCAAAGACAAUUGGCAGUAAAUCUGAAAAAUGCUAUAGCCGUACAGCGAGAAGAAGAUUACCAGAGGGGUGCAAUCGAAGGUGAGGCCUUCACUUGUGGAAUCAAGAGGAAGAAAGAGACUAAUAAUUAUGAUCAGUUCGGAGGAGAAUUAUUGAAGAAAUGCUGGCCCAAGAGUCGUCAAUGUGCAGCACUUGAGGACCCACUACGAGGCAGACCACUUAGUAAUUGGAAGAGAACAUCGGAAGAAUUUGCCAAACAUUUGUGGAAAUGGAAAGAGACUUUGGAACAACCCCUGAGUGACAACGUAAUGGUAUCUGCAAUAAAAAGAGGAAUGAAUCAGAAAAAGCAAGGAACCAUAUCCAGGAGCCCAAUUAAAGGUAGAGAGGCCUUAAUGAAGAUACUGGAGCAGUUGGAAUCUAUUAAAUCACAGAAAUACAAGCAAGCUAAUGAUCGAAACAGAGAAGGGAGUAAUGACCCAAGGAUUCAUAUUAAUCAUUUGUCUGAUUUCCGAGGAAGAGGCGGAGGAACCGAGAAACCAGAUGACACUCCAGAUGAGGUCCGGUCUGGAGUGAGGGCUAUAAUGACCCAAAAUAAACAUGCUAAGACAUGUUCUGAUCUCAAGUAUGCCACAGAAUCUGGAUUACGUAAUUUUCUCAAGCUGUCGUACACACAUCCCACGGCCACAUAA